AUGGAGAAUGGCGAGGGCGAGUUUCUCGGAGUGGAUGAUCUUCUUAUCUCGUGGGCCCUGGACGAGGGAAUCAUCUCUCGGACUGAAGACAACACUUAUCGCCUCUGCAACCCCAUGGGUAGUGGGACUGGUGGCGGAAGCAACGGAAACGGUGGAAACAUGAGCAACAGCGGUGUCAGCAGUAACGCCAAUGCCAAUUCCAACAGCAGCAAUAAUGGAAAUGGUAGCGGAAACAACUGGAGUACAGCCACUACGGUCAACACUGUUGACACCAGCAGCAACGAUAAUAUGAGUCGGAAUGGAAACAUCGACCUUGGCACCAACGACGACAACUCUCUUCCACCAAGUACGAAUGCAGACGGUGCCAAAGACAACGCCUCUCCUCAAAUAUCAGUCGUAAACCCCGUCACCGACACGAACGGCUUGCCUCCUCAGCAAACCGACAAGCUGACCAUGCCUCCAACGCCACCCCAGCCAACAACCCAGCUCCAACCCAGCUCAGCUGAGAAGUCAGUAAAGGAGACCGAGAAACCAGCAAGGAGUCCAACGAAAGAGGUCGUGUCAACGGCAAAUGAGAAUGCGAGUACUCCGAAUACUGUCAGUACUGUGGAUAAUGCUGCUAUUGCUGCAGUAGAUACCCUAACUGCUGCUGCUGCUGCUGCCAUUAGCAGCCUUAGCGAAGACAAACAGGUCGGUAACAUUCGCCCACCGAGUGGGGCGGAUUCCGGGGAGAAGCCUGUCGCAGCAUCGAAGAUUGAAGAUCUCUCAGGGCUUCAGUCUAUCACAGUGGCUGCUAUUGCGGCAGCAGCUGCUUUGCAACAGCAUGAGAACGAGGAAAACACAAACGGCGCCAUGGAUGUGGACGGCUAA